UGAAGCCAGGGGCCAGAGUUUACGGAUUACUAACGUUAACCAGCUUUGUUAGUUGUUGUUAAAGGUCAUAGCCGUCAAAAUGUCACGGCAAACAAGUAGCGAUAAGUGUGAGACUUUGUUUUCCUUUGAGCUUUUGGUGGAAUAUAUCCGGAUAGACGACGAGAGGAAAGUUUCCGACGAGCUGGCUCUUGGGGUGCGAUUGCUGGACUUCCCGACGCUGCUCAUCUACCAGCCGGCUAAUGCCGCUGGCAACGGGGGUGAAUACACCUUUAACAGAGGGAAGUCGUGUCUGUUCAAGAUGGACCUAGACUCGCUGCACACACACCUAUCCAACGCCCCUCUCUAUGCCAUGGUGCUGGAUGUGAAAGAGGAGAUCCCUAAACUGGUCGGUUCCGCACAAAUCUCUCUGACCAAACUGGUGGACAGGAUCAAGUCGGAGGUGAACUGUCAUGGCAUCUCCACUCCCUCUGCACAAGAAGGAAAAGGGCUUGUCAGGUUAUGUAACCUCAUGGGAGAGAAAAUUGGAUCUAUUUCUCUGACUUAUAACCUUUCAAGUCUAGGAGCUAGUUUAUUGCCACAUAUCUCAGGAAACAGUAAACAUGCAAAAAGUGGUGUGCAUAGAGAGCAGCACAUAGAGGAGAACACAACAAAAGUUGAUCCUGAGCAGGUACCUUCACCCAGGUUAGACAAUAAGGCUGUUUUUUGUAAAAGUGCCUGUAUGACUGGAGCGUCAAAUGACAAGAGCUUAAUAAAAAAUGAGGCGAGGCAGGAUGAUGGUGUUUGUGCCACCACUCAGACGCAAACGCCACCGGGCGAAGUUCAUCAGUCCAUCGAAGAAAAUGACUGCGAUCCUGAGGAGGAUUUAACUGCGUUCUGUCCCCCACGUCUCUUCUACAGAGGUUCUGUGGAGAAGACAAGGAAAAACGAGACUGUGGAUAACAAAUUAUUGAAAUUAGACUUAAAGUCUCUUAUGCUGGACGGUGCAAGCUCAGAGGAUGGGAUGCUUGAAGACACAAAUGAAGGCCCGGUAUCUCCAGAAAUAGACCCAACAGUGAGAGACGAUGUAAAAUCAAGAAACCAAGAGCACCAUGAAGCAAGCAGGGUGUCUCCAAAUGUCCUCGGUGAAGCCUUAAGACAGUUGCCUCUGCUAAAUGCCCUCCUCAUUGAGCUGUCACAGCUGAAUGGCCAAAGCCCACAACAGCCCUUGUCUGUUCAUCCCAAUCUAGCAUGGAUUUACCGAGCUUCCACAGAGCCUGCAGAUGAGCAGGUAAACCCACAUCCAGAGGGACAAGCCAAACUGAUGCAUAAUACCAGACAGGUGGCUAGUCCCAGAUUAAAAGAUCUUCAUUCCCCUAAAUACUGCUCUACACCAAGAGGCAGGCCCGCAUCUGAAAGACAGGGCAGAAACACCAAAAUGGAAGCUGCUUUCCUUGGGAGUAAAUCAUCCAUCGCACCUUCAAGGAAAAAGCUAGUACAUGGAAUGACUAAAACGUUCCAUCUCAGGAUGAAGUUAAUUACGCCUGGCCUAGUAAAACGUCACGAGUGCAUGGAAACACGCACCGAGCCACAGAGACACAAUGCCAAAGAAAAGACAUUAAACACCACUAAUAAGAUAAUAAAGCGCACCAGUAGAGAAGCAACCCUGAACCAGAGCGCCAGUCUUAAUGAAAAUAUCGAGACAGUGAUGAGCAGCAUCGCAGGUCACUGUGCACAACAAGCAGCCACAGUGAGACACAAAAAUAAGAGUACAAAUAAAUCUGCGGGGGCAGUUCACUGUAGGCAAGACAGUGAUUCUCAAAAGCUGACAGGGAAACAGUAUUCUGAAGCAGGCUUACAAUGGAGUCACAUUCCCAGUGUGGAUGGUGAAGAUGUUUCACAAAGCACAGACAAGAAAAAACACAGUAGUGAAUCAUGUCAGAUAAGACUGGAAACUCCGAGGAGCAGUGGACUCAGCAGCCCAAAAUCAUCCUGCUCAGACUCCAGCAGAGCAGGCAAAGAGGAGAGAGAGUACACCGAUGACUUCACCAGUCUGGAGCCCAGCGAUGGCUGCUCCCCUGAUCCCCUCAGCAGCCCUGAACCCGCCGCAGCCAAGGCACAGAGGUCUCCUGUUUGUGGCGACCCCUUCGAUUCAGACUCAGACUUAGAAGACAUCCAGAAAAGAGCCGUCCUCCCCGUGCCCGUUAAAGCCCACGGCUCCCCACAGAGGUCUCUUAGGGCCACGCACAUAAUCCGACCUCGAACCCAGGCCUCGGCGCUCAGUGUUUCUUCUGAUAACGACGACUUGGACGGGUCAGCUUCCAUCCAAACUGUACGCUCCAGAAAACAGACGACGGAAAGUUUCAGGGCAGUGAGGGGGUCCGGCACCGAGAGUCUCAGAUCAUCAGGCAGCCAGAGGAGUGACUCGACCUACAACAGCAGCCCAGUCAGAGAAUAUUCUGCAAAGUCGGGAUUAUCCUGUGAACCACAAGAGGCAGGGGAGAUGGAUGAUGAGCUUGGCUCUUUGGAUUUCAAAAACAGAUAUCACCACAUCUCUGAGCUAGUGGCCAACAAGCUCCCUGGAUACACAAUGUAAAGGAAAAAAAACAUAAUACAUCAUCAGGACUAGACCAUUUCCUUUGAUUGGACUAAAGUAGACAGUUGACACUAUGUUGAGCAGUAAUGAUAACAUCUGGUAAAUGUGUUAAAUGUCUUUCUAUCACUCAUGAUGUUUUAUAACUUAUAUGAAUAAAAAUAAGCUUUUCUA